CAAUAAUAUAAAUGGCCACUCGCGAGAGGGGGCGGAUCCAGACAGCCGAGGCCAAGUAAAACGGCACGGAGAACCUCGGUGAUCGUUUAGUGACGUCUGUUUGGAAGGAAAAUGGCAGCCUCUUUUUACAUUUUCUUAUUUCCCUUUGACUGCUCUGUGGAUCACAUUUAAAUGACUAGCUAAUAGCUACAUCAACAUGUAUCAUCCUAGCUAGAUACAAUGUAGCAAAAUAAUAUCUUGUCAAUGUCCAGCUAAACUGUAACGGUUCAAUCAUAGAUUGGUCGUUGAUGCUAACCAAAACAAUAUCAGGCAGUCACCUCUGCCAACUAUUAGCGAAGAAGAGGUCUCAACUGAGUAUUGGUGCUCCUUUCUCUGUUGUCCCCCAUAGCUGUGCCAUGUAGAAGGCAGUGAUUCGCCCUUAAACUUUUGCAAAUGAAAAUGGAGGAUAUGUCUCUGUCGGGCCUGGACAACACCAAGCUAGAGGCCUUGGCUCAGGACAUCUACUCGGACCUGGUGGAGGACGCCUGUUUGGGCCUGUGUUUCGAGGUGCAUCGUGCUGUCAAACAGGGCUACUUCUUCCUGGAUGACACGGACCAAGAAAGCAUGAAGGACUUCGAAAUCGUUGACCAACCAGGAGUGGACAUUUUCGGGCAAGUGUACAAUCAGUGGAAAAACAAGGAGUGUGUGUGUCCCAACUGCAACCGGAGCAUUGCUGCGUCCCGCUUUGCCCCUCAUCUGGAGAAAUGCUUGGGCAUGGGGCGCAACAGCAGCCGCAUCGCCAACCGCAGAAUAGCAAGCAGUAACAACAUGAACAACAAAUCAGAGAGUGAUCAGGAAGACAAUGAUGACGUCAAUGACAAUGACUGGUCGUAUGGCUCAGAAAAAAAAGCUAAGAAGAGAAAGUCAGAUAAGAAUCCAAAUUCACCAAGAAGAUCAAAAUCUGUAAAGCAUAAAAAUGCAUUGCUGGAGCCAAAGCUUUGUUGCAGAUCAGGAAGCUCCAUGCGUGCUGUUGAGAGAUGAUGCAUUUCCUCGGUGAUCAGAAGGGGCUGGUUACUGCCAGGCCAGCUCUAUAAUGCCCUCCCCCACUUCAAUGUAGGGUCAAAGGUCAACCCGAGAAGAAUCUGGGAAAGACCCCUGCCGUUUUAGGGACAGUAUAUCAGGAAAAGAGUGCCUGGAGUUUGAACUUUCAUUCCUGAAAUUAACCUUAGCAGAGACCCAGGGUGUCUCCAAAAUCCUCUAUUGAGAAUGUUAAUGUGGCCUUCUGGAUUCUUCACGAUAGAUGGCCAUUGAAGGAGUCUGCUGCUUAAAUCCAGGUCAAAUGCACAAUGUUGGCAGAAUACAGACGUAGUACAGUAUGAAAAGGAUCACAAUGUUGGCAGAAUACAGACGUAGUACAGUAUGAAAAGGAUCACAAUGUUGGCAGAAUACAGACGUAGUACAGUAUGAAAAGGAUCACAAUGUUGGCAGAAUACAGACGUAGUACAGUAUGAAAAGGAUCACAAUGUUGGCAGAAUACAGACGUAGUACAGUAUGAAAAGGAUCACAAUGUUGGCAGAAUACAGACGUAGUACAGUAUGAAAAGGAUCACAAUGUUGGCAGAAUACAGAUGUAGGACAGUAUGAAAAGGAUCACAAUGUUGGCAGAAUACAGACGUAGGACAGUAUGAAAAGGAUCAGAAGCAGCAUUGAAGAUGAGGAUAAGCAAUUAAGAUAUAAGGCAAAGGCCGACUCUUCAUGCUCCACAGUCUCCUGUUUGCUUGAUGAUUUUAAUUUGACAUGGAUCAUGGUGCAAAGUUAAUGAGCUGAGAAUGACUUACAGAAAGCUGACAAUUGUGUGCAAUAAAUCACAGUUCAGCCUCCAGUUUUCAGUUCUUUGUAUGUAAUAUAUCAAUUUAUUUUCUGUAUUGUGUUAUGUAUUGUUUAACUAGUUCAACACUUGAGUGAAAAAAUCAUGUCAGAUGAUAGUCUGGUCCCAGUAAUGAUAGACUACAGUCAUGUCUCUAAAGCAGACCAGCUGUUUAUCUCUUAGUCUCUCAGGUGACUCAACAAGUCCUCUUGUGCAUUAUCCUAUCCAUUAUCUACUUGACAUAUUCACGCCUUUGUUUGCAUUUGUUUUUGUCGUUUUGUAUCAUGUCUUCAUUGAUUCUUGAUUUCCUGAUUGUCCCUGUUUCUUUAAAUGGAGCUGAAAUGAAACGGUGCUGCUAUCUUCUAUGGAGCGUCAAGGAUGUUCCUAUGUAAUAAAUGACCUGAACUCAAUCCA